GGGCAAAGCAAAGCCGUGGCUGCCGUUGCAGUGCAUUCACGCCGCACGCCCCACGCCGCCGACCGGCCAGGUCCCCACCGCACGCCGCAAAAUCCCCGCGAAAAGCUGUGACCAGACAGCAAAAAACGCAACCCGCCAAAACCCUCUCACCGUCACCGCCCUCGCCGAGCACGCAUCCCCGUACGGCGUCUCCCCCGCCGUCAGUGGUCGUCUCGGCGAUUCGGUUUUGCUCCCAACCGCUCUUUUUUCUACUCUACUCCCCUGUGUGCGCCUUUGCCGCUUUGCGCCCCUCCCCACCUCUGCCCCUGCCCCGCCCCGCCUGCCUGGCCGCACGCGCUCGGCUCGCCGCGUCGGGCCGCCGCAGGGGCGAACGAAACCCUUGGAUCAGGGAGGCUCCGGGCAUCGCUGCUCGACCCCCAUGACGUCCUGCGGGUGCCUGGUGCUCGAGAAGGUGGAGGGCGACGCGGCGGCGAAGGCGAGGGUGAAGGCCGCGCCGGGCGCCGGCGCCGGCGCUGGGUGCGGCUCGUGCGCCGGGGACUGGCGGGGCCGGUCCGAGGCCAUCUUCCCCAUCUACGUGAUGGGGAGCUCGCGGGGGAGCACCGUGGCGGCGGCGCGCGGCAUCGUCGACUCCCCCGAGGACCCCAUAUGGGUGGCCGUCAAGGCGGAGGCCAAGUCUGAAGCAGAAAAGGAACCUAUUUUAAGUAGCUUCUUGUACGCCAGUGUGUUGUCUCAUGACUGUCUGGAGCGAGCGUUGAGCUUCGUCCUUGCAAACAGGCUUGAAGAUCCAACAUUGCUUGCUACUCAGCUAAUCGAUAUUUUUAACGAUGUUGUGCUUAAUAACAAAGAUAUGUGCCGUUCCAUUCGCCUUGAUGCUCAGGCUUUCAAAGACAGAGAUCCAGCUUGUUCCCAAUAUAGUUGGGCACUGUUAUACCUAAAGGGUUACCAAUCGUUGCAGUCGUACAGGAUAGCUAAUGUAUUAUGGAACCAGGGACGUAAAGUUUUGGCAUUGGCACUGCAAAGCCGUAUUAGUGAGGUCUUUGCUGUGGAUAUACAUCCAGCUGCCAAAAUUGGCGAGGGAAUAUUGUUGGAUCAUGGAACAGGCCUAGUCAUUGGUGAAACUGCUGUAGUUGGAAAUUGGGUUUCAUUAAUGCAGGGUGUUACACUUGGAGGUACAGGCAAGGAACAUGGAGACAGGCACCCCAAGAUCGGUCAGGGAGCUCUUAUUGGAGCUGGUGCUACUAUCCUUGGCAAUAUCAAUGUAGGCGAAGGUGCCAUGAUUGCUGCUGGCUCCCUUGUUUUAAAGGAUGUACCUCCCCACAGUAUGGCUGUAGGUAAUCCUGCAAAGAUAGUUGGUUAUACAGAGAAAGAAGAUCCUUCUUUAACUAUGAAACAUGAUGCAAGGAGAGAUUAUUUUGAGCAUGCUGCCGUCAGAUUCAGAUGAUUCAUACAGCUAAUGAUGAGUCUUCUCUCUAUUCGUCUGUGGAAUGUUGUGGAGUAAAAAAGGUUUCGCUGCCUUAUUGGCAAGAAGUUUGUUGAAGUAAAAAGAAAGGUUUCAUCGUCUCAUUCGCAGAAAGCCCAGUAAAAAAGUUUGACGAAACGCAUACCAAUGGCAUUCUGGACAUUUCGUCACUGGCACAAGGCUGGAUAGUUGUGAGCUUUGUGUUCCUCUUUCUGUCCAGGCAACCUAAUGAAGAUGGAAAAGGGUCACCCAGGACUCCAGAAUCUGCCAUUUAUAGUUUUAUCCCCUUAAAUCUUCUGUAAUAACACCAAACAUUGUGUUAACAAAUGUGGUAGGAAACUAGGAACGGUUUAUUUUCCAGAGUAUGUAGAGAUUUCCAGUUCAAACAUAUACAGCAGUAUAAAGCAGGUCAGCAACAAUUCGGCGUAGACAUCGAGACGUGGACUGUGCUGACUAACCUUCAUGAAGCUAAUAAGUUAUAUCAAGUGUUUGUGGUAGAAACAGAGAAGCAUUCUUCAGUGGUCUUUCAAAGAAGUUAACAAAAUUUUGAAUGCCGGAGUUAUCACUGAACCAGUCUUUUUCUUUGACGGGGCAGUCCUUCCAGAAACUGAGGUGCCCUAUCAUCUGAAAUUUUAUCUAUUCCCUACAGGCGUUAUAUUGUUCAAUGUGUUUCUCGAGCUGUACAAGAGUUCAGUCUACCCAGGAGAAUUGGCUGCUGGGCAGCGAUCUGUGUGACUGUCCCAUGCGAGUGCGCCGCCGUGCGCGCAGCGUCAGGCAAAGCUGCCUGGGUGUAACCAAACAACAUCUAAAUAUUUAUUGUGAUGCAAAUGAAAGUGGCAUACUAGUAAAAAAAAA